AAUACCGCCAAAGUGUCUUCUCUACUCGUUCCCCGUGCCAUCUCCUUCCCUCCGGAAGUCGACACUGGCCGACAUCGGCUGACUCCGGACUCCAAUAUGUCUUCAGGCAAGGCUGGGCGGAGGAGACGGUCGAGCAGUAUCAUUUAUCAGGAGCCUCCCGAGUCCAUCGAGCGGACCAGCGACCAGGCUGCCCUCCCCAAUCUGAACGCAAAUUGGGUCAAUGCUAAGGGUGCCUGGACCAUUCACUUCGUCUUGAUCGUGGCUCUGAAGAUCCUCUUCGACAUCAUUCCUGGCGUCUCGCAAGAAACCUCCUGGACGCUCACCAACAUCAGCUAUAUGUUCGGCUCUUUCCUCAUGUUUCACUGGGUGCGGGGCAUCCCUUUUGAGUUCAACGCCGGGGCGUACGACAACCUCAACAUGUGGGAGCAGAUUGACAACGGCGACCAAUACACGCCGACCAAGAAGUUCCUGCUCUGCGUGCCCAUCUGCCUUUUCCUUCUCAGCACGCAUUACACCCACUACGACCUGACGUAUUUCACCAUCAACUUCCUUGCUACGUUGGGGGUGGUUAUCCCGAAGUUGCCGUUUUCGCACCGUUUGCGAAUAGGUCUCUUCUCUGACAUUCCCGAGGAGUAGUCGCUCGCUGCUCCGGCUCAUCGAAUUUCCUUAUUUUAAUCCAACUCACAUGUUCUCAUUUUCCAGACUUGUCCUCCUUCCUAUCUUUUUU